GUCUCCGGUAUAAAAGCAAAUAUUUAAAAGUUAUUUAGUUAUCUAAUACGUACUCAUUCAGUGAGUGUUAAAGUUAACGUUUACACGUAUUCAGUGAAAAUGACGGAAGAGUGGAAAAUUGAAGGCAAAAAUUUUCUCAUAACCGGUGGAGCCUCUGGUCUGGGGGCGGCAUAUGCGGAUAACUUUCUCAAAAACGGUGCCGAGAAAAUAGCCAUAUUAGACAUCGCCGAUGAAACGGGCACAGAGUUUGUGAAAAAACUGAAUGAUACAUACGACGAUAAAGCAAUAUUUAUAAAAUGUGACAUAGCCAAUGAGGAGGAUAUCAAGAAUGCCUUCGAUGAAGUAGUUAAAGCAUUCACGAGGAUAGACGUUAUUGUCAAUAAUGCAGGAGUCAUGAAUGACGAUCCCAGUGUAUGGAGAAAAGCUUCCGACAUUAACUGGCAAGGCACCGCAUCAUUCACAAUGAAAGGUCUGGAACAUAUGAGGAAAGGUGAUGGGGGAGCUGGCGGCACUAUCGUUAACAUCAGUUCAGGUGCUGCGUUUGCUAAAUUUAGUAUCGUGCCAAUGUACUCUGGUUCUAAAGCGGCAAUCGUACAUUUCGGACGAAGUCUUGCGAUACCUGCAUUUUAUGCUAUGACUGGAGUGCGUUUACUUACUUUUGUUUUGGGAGCAACAAAAACAGCGCUCAUAGAUAACAUCAAGGCUAAAACGUUUGACGAAGAGCUCACAACACCGAUGCUUCCAUACGUACAACUAUUUGAACAAAACAUCGAAUCGGCUGUAGCAGCUAUGACGAAGAUGUUCGUGGAAGGCGCACCCGGCUCUUUGUGGCUCUCGGCAUACAACCGGCCGGCGCAAGAUAUCACUGUCAACGUGGACGCUGCCUACGAACAAAUAGAACAGCUUCUGUUACCCGAUGGCGUAGAGUUAUUAUACGAUCAGAAAUGA